GUAUGUGGCCACCAGUUGUGGCUGUGGGCUGCUUCGCUGCCAUGUGAUCCACUGCCGGGUUUAAAAGCUUAUGACCCACAAAAAGAGACACAGUGCACAAUUCCCUACUGACUGUUGUCUAAAGCACAUAUCAAAAGAUUUGGGCGCUGCGUUCCAAAACAUGUCGGACACGGAAGACGCCGCAUACGAAGGACAACCUGACACAUCUGAGGAAACUGAAGGAGAAGAGGCAAAGCCCAAGCAAAAGCCUGGUUUUGUCCCUGGCUUGGUGCCUCCUAAGAUCCCAGAUGGAGAAAAAGUCGACUUUGAUGACAUUCACAGGAAACGGAUGGAAAAGGACCUGACGGAGCUGCAGACUCUGAUUGAAGCUCACUUUGAGAAGCGUAAGAAGGAGGAAGAGGAGCUGCUCGUCCUCUCAGAUCGCAUGGAGAAACGCAGGUCUGAGAGGACUGAGCAGAUGAAGAUCAGAGCGGAGAGAGAACGAGAAAGGCAGGCCAAACUCGCUGAAGAGAAGGCAAGAAAAGAAGAAGAAGAAGCAAAAAAGAAAGCAGAUGACGACGCAAGGAAGAAGAUGAUUCUGGCAAACCUGAGUUUUACUGGGUACAAGCAAACACAGCCGGGGACAAAAAGACAAACAGAAAGAGAAAAGAAGAGGAAGAUUCUGAACGAUCGCCGCAACGAGCUGAACGUCGAUCACCUUAAAGAGGACAAACUCAAAGAAAAAGCAAAGGAACUGUGGGAGUGGAUGCGCCAGCUGGAAGCAGAGAAAUUUGAACUUCAGGACGCGUUCUCAAAGCAGAAGUAUGAGAUCACGGUGCUGAGGAAUAGAGUCAGUGAUCAUCAGAAAAUCUCAAAGGGCAGCAGGAGCAAGCGAGGCCUGAGGAAGUAACACCUGGGAUCUGCUGCAUGGGAAACUGGCAAC